GUUUGAUGACUAGCGCGAAGACGUUGGUACCCCUGAACCCUCGCCACAACAAAUCCUACACCUUGCGACAGUUGGCCGCACUUCCAUCCAGUCCCAUCUUCCGUUCUUUCCACAGCAGGUCAAAAUGGGUAUCUCCCGGGACCACUGGCAUAAGAGGCGGGCCACCGGAGGUAAGAGGAAACCUCUGCGUAAGAAGAGGAAGUUCGAGCUCGGCCGCCCAGCAGCCAACACAAAGCUUGGUGCCCGCCGUAUUCACACUGUCCGUACCCGUGGUGGUAACAAGAAAUUCCGUGCUCUCCGUUUGGACCAGGGCAAUUUCUCAUGGGGUUCUGAAUGCUGCACCCGCAAAACCCGUCUUAUUGAUGUAGUCUACAAUGCAUCCAACAACGAGUUGGUGAGAACAAAGACUCUUGUAAAGAACGCCAUCGUCGUUAUUGAUGCUACACCUUUCAGGCAGUGGUAUGAGGCACACUAUGCCAUUCCCAUUGGUCGCAAGAAGGGAGCCAAGCUGACUGACGCCGAUGAAGCUCUCCUCAACAAGAAGAGAUCUAAGAAGGUUGAGAAUAAGUACAAGAACAGACAAAGGGUGGCCAAGGUUGAGCCAGCUUUGGAAGAGCAGUUCCAGACCACCCGCCUGCUUGCCUGUGUUUCAAGUCGACCUGGCCAGUGCGGAAGGGCUGACGGAUACAUCCUUGAAGGCAAAGAGCUAGAGUUUUACAUGAGGAAGAUCAAGGCCAAGAAGGGCAAGUAAACUGUAAACUGACAUUUACUAAGGUGUAAUUUUACAUUUUAGGUGAAUAAAUGUCCAAAAAAAAUUA